GAGACAGAGUGUGCAGUUUGCACUCUGAAGGUCGUGUAGGUGGGUAUAAAUGUGAGAACGCUCACAGAAAGAGACACACAGACAGACAGGAUGGACGUGAAGCUGCUGUUUCUGACUGUUGUUCUUCUUUCCUCACCGCUCCUCACACUAUGUGACCCACUGUAUAUUAUGUCAGCUCCUAAUUUGCUGAGGGUGGGAUCCUCAGAGAACGUGUUUGUGGAGGCUCAGGAUAACUCUGAAGUAGACCUGAAUGUGAAGAUCAUAAUUAAGAACCACCCACAAAAAGACAGGGAGAUACUAUCUAAAUCAGUGUCACUGACUGCAAACAACAAUUUCCAGAUCCUUACAGAUAUAAAGAUCCCUGAUGAUCAGAACUUCUUCUCUGAAGAUCCCGAUGAGAAGCAGUAUGUGUAUCUACAAGCUCAGUUUCCAUCCGUCACUCUGGAGAAAGUGGUCAUGCUCUCAUUCCAGUCUGGAUAUAUAUUUGUACAAACAGACAAGCCCAUCUACACACCUGCUAGCACAGGUACGAUUAAGUGCUGUAAACAAGACAAAUAAAGAGUAUAAAUACGU